UGGCACAUCUCCCCGAACAGGUUUGCCACGUGGGCACCAAAACACCCGGAGGCAGCAGGACGAGGUGGGACGGUGUGGGAACAGCCACCGGGACGGGGGAAGGCGCUGGAGCCGGGUGAGGCGUCCCACAGCGGCUGUUCCAGCGCUCCUCACGGCGCCACCGAGCACUCCCAGCUCCCUGCCUGCCAGCCUGGGGACGGUGGCACUACAGACACCCACGGAGCACUGCUGCCACCGGGGCCGAGCAGCCUCUGCACGCCUCCACAGCGGCACGGAGACCGCAGAUACCCUCAUUUUCCGGCCUCCAUUCCAAAAAGCUCCAGGCUGCAUGUCCUAAACCAACACAAACCUCUAGGACGGACACCCAUGAGGGUGCCCGGACUGAGCGGCUGAGGGAAAUUGGAUGGCAGAGUGAGAACUGGCUGUUCAGAAGAGGUUGUGGCUGAGGAUUAAUAACAUGUCUAAAGAAAUGCAGGAACUACAGAAGCAAUGGCACUCCGUGGUGCAGACCAUCCACAGCAACGCAAAUGUUGUUGCCUUUAUGAAUUCUCGUGUUGGCCAAUAUUUAGAUGACCAUCCUUUUGUUGCCUUAUCACUCCUGAUGUUUAUUGCAGUGUCAGCUGUUCCUGUUGGAUUUUUCCUGGUUUUUGUUGUUACAACAGCUGUAAUGGCCUGUAUUGGUGUGAUAGUCAUGGAAGGAGUUGUCAUAGCCAUAGGGGGCAUAGCCCUCCUGUGUGUGCUGUGUGGCCUGGGAGCCCUGUCCCUGGGAGUUUCUGGAGUGCUGAGUGUUUCUUACGUUGCACUUUCAACUCUGGUCAACUACUGGUGUGCAUCAAGGGCUCAGAUGAGGAAGCAAGAUGCUAAUGGAAGUUUACCACAGAAGCAGCCUGGCUUGGAUCUUUCUGCCAAUACUGCAAAGAGUGAAUAAGUAGAUUUCUCCCCAUUUUAUAGGCACUUAGCUGUACAAUCCCAGCAUUUGCUAUGUAAUUGUUUACUCAUUAACCAUUCAAUCAUUGUGUACUCCUGGAAAGUGAGAAAAAUCAAUAUACAUCUUACACUGGCACUGUAAAAGGGAUCUUAAGAAUAAUCAAGAAGCAGCAGUGCAGUGGUAGGAGUAUGUGCAUGAUGGAGUGUUCCACAGAAUUUGGUAAAGGGAUGUAAUAAUAGUUGGUACUGUUAAGUCAAUGGCAAGAUGGACAGAGAGGGGAGGGAGAUAUUUGGUUUCUCAGAUACUGGAGUUCUGAAUGUACUCCUUUUAGUACAUAGCAGUGGUUACUUUGAUACAAAAGUAUCACAGUUCAGAACAGUAGAAACACAUUUUGAAUGUGGAAAAAUAUUUGUAAGCCUUAAACUUUGUUCAAAUAGAAUGAGUACACCAAUGCUUUAUGUUCAUUAUAAAGGGAAAAGUGGAUUUGUCAUAUGUCUGGUCUAAGCUUUUUUCCUCCCUUUAGAUGUUAUGUUAUUCCAAAGGGAUAUUUUACUUACUCUCAUUGCCUCAUCAUAUCAGGCGUAUGCUUAGGUAUGUUUAGGUAUUUAAAUUGCCAGGUUUGCUUCUCAGUUGUAACUUUGUGUAUGUUAUUUAAACUUUUUCAUUUUUGCAAAUAUUAUUAUAUUUUUAAGCAUAAAGUAUCUAACUAUUUUAGUUUAAUAAAGUGCUGUUUGUUUAACCAGA